AUGAUUGCUUGUGGCCUUGCUACACACUAUACCCUGAAUGCAAGGCUUGCUUGGAUUGAAGAACGCCUUGGUAAAUUGAUCACAGAUGAUCCUUCUGUCAUAGAGAAUUCUCUUGCACAAUAUGGUGACCUUGUGUACCCAGAUACAAGGAGUGUUCUUUAUAGACAGUCAAAAUUUUCAAAUGGAAGUGUUGAGGAUCCAGUUGACUGCCAUCAACAAGCACCACAAGGUUCUAGCAUAUUUAGGCCAUCCCACUGCCACUUUCAUCAACAUAUUGCUAAGGACAAUCCCCAUUUACGGAUUCAAACAAUUGAUAAAUGUUUUUGCCAUGACACAGUUGAGGAAAUUACAGAUGCUCUGGAAAAAGAGGUUGCGGAAUCUUACGAUGAUUGGUGUUCUAAAGCCCUCAAGAAACUAAAAGAAGCCUCCCCAUUGAGCUUGAAGGUCACUUUGCAGUCUAUUCGAGAAGGUAGGUUUCAGCCCCUGGAUCAGUGUCUUGCUCGUGAAUAUCGGAUGUCCCUUAAUUGGAUCUCCAAAAUGGUUUCUAAUGACUUCUGUGAGGGUGUUCGUGCAAGAUUAGUUGACAAAGACUUUGCUCCGAAGUGGGAUCCACCGAGCUUAAGUGAAGUAACCAAGGACAUGGUUGACUGUUAUUUUGCUCCACUUUCUGAACUUGAGCCUGAGCUAAACCUGCCCACGGCAUUGCGAGAACCUUCCAUGUGA